AUGACGCGAACCACUCCGUACAACCUGCUGGUUGGGAUGACAGUUGCCCUGGGCAGCUUCACCUAUGGCUUUGGUUUUGCUUCCUUUGCGACGAGUCUGGGCCAGCCAGGCUUCUACGCCUUCUUCAACCUCUCGCUCGUCGGCCCGGACGCCGCCUUCACCAACAACAUCCUCGGCGCCGUGAAUGCGCUCUUCUUCUUUGGCGCCACCGUCGGCGCGCUGGCCGGCGGCCCGGCUGCCGACAAGUUUGGCCGGCGCCUGACCCUCAUCGGCGCCUGCGUCCUGGCCAUCAUCGGCGGUGCCCUCACGGCCGGCAGCGUGCACAUUGCGAUGCUCAUCGUGGUCCGCGUCCUCCAGGGCAUCGGCCUGGGCUGUCUGGCGACCAUCACGCCCAUCUACCUCGCCGAGGCAUCGACUGCCCGCAAGCGCGGCAUGCUGACGGGCCUGCACGGCUUUUUCCUAGUCUCUGGGUACUGCAUCUCCGCAUGGGUCGGGUACGGCUGCUCCUUCGCGACAGACCUGACCUUUGGCUGGCGCGGACCCCUCGCGUUCACCACGGUGCCCGCGAUCGUGCUGCUCCUGGGAUGCAUCUUCGUCCCCGAGUCCCCCCGCUGGCUGCUCACCCAGGGCCGCGACGACGAGGCCUGGCGCAUCCUCGAGCGCCUGCACGCGGGCGAGGGCGGCACCGACGCGGCCAAGACGUCGGUCCGCGAGGAGUUCUACCAGAUGCGCAAGCAGAUCGAGUAUGAAAAGUCCAACCCCAGCGGCUACUGGGCCAUCCUGUCCAACAAGUCGUACGCCAAGCGCGCCGCGCUGUCGUGCUACGUCCAGUACGCGGCCAACUCGACCGGCGCGCUCGUCAUCACCAACUACAGCGUCAUCAUCUACAACAACCUCGGGUACACGGGCCACAUGCCGCUGCUGCUGUAUGCCUUUUACACAAUGGUCGGCGCGAUUGGCAACCUGGGAUCGCUUUUGACGAUGGACUUUGUCGGACGUCGGCCGUCUCUCCUGAUUGGUUUUACUGGCUGCCUGAUCGCCCUGAUUCUCGAGACGGCCAUGGUCGCAGAGUACGUCACCGGCGAGGCGUCGUUGUCCGCGGCAGCUGCAGCCGGACAGAAAGUCGCCAUCUUUGCCAUCUUCCUCUUCGUCUUCGCCUACGGCUUCUUCCUCGACGCCGCCUCCUUUGUCUACUCGAGCGAGAUCUACCCGACCAACAUCCGCGCCCGGGGCGUCGCCCUCGCCACGGCCACCUACUUCAUCAUGUGCAUCACCUACGUCACGCCCGGUGCCACGGCCAUCGCCAACAUCGGCUGGCGGUACUACCUCGUCUUCAUCUGCCUGACCGUGGUCACCGUGGUCGUCAUCUUCUUCUUCUACCCAGAGACCAAGGGCAAGAGCCUGGAGGAGCUGGCCGACAUCUUUGGCGACCCGGUCGUGGUGAGGCUGACUGACGCGACG